AUGCUAAUUGGUGUCGACGUUGGCGGAACAAACACAGAUUCGGUGCUCAUUGACCCCACCAAAAUCAACACAGAUUCCCAUGGGGUCCUUGCGUGGAAUAAGAUGGUCACAUCUGCUGAGGUUUCCGACAGCAUUCAAAAAGGAAUCUCCAAGCUGUUUGUGGACCAUAAGAACGUCGAUAAGAAAGACGUGGCCUCUGUGACUAUAGGAACGACCCACUUUAUCAAUGCCGUUGUCGAGCAAGACCGCGCACGGCUUGACAAGGUGGCUGUGCUGAGACUCUGUGGCCCUUAUUCCAGACACGUUUAUCCAUUUUCAGACUUCCCGAGCGGGCUGACUGCUGUAAUCAAGGGAUAUAUUGGCUAUUUGAACGGCGGAUUUCAUGUUGAUGGAAACGAAAUUCAGCCAGUGAAAAAGGAGGAAGUGCUGGAACAUGUGCGUAAGGCCAAAGAACUUGGCAUUACCUCCUUUGCGGUGAUUGGUAUUUUCUCGCACAUGAAGCCAGAACAGGAGGAACUUGUCAAGGAAAUCAUUCUGGAGGAGAUCCCCCACGCAAAAGUGAGCGUUUCGCAUCAGGUGUCGGGGAUUGGUUUUCUGGAAAGAGAGAACGCCACGAUCCUGAAUGCCUCUAUUCUCCAUUUUGCAGAAAAGAUCAUUUCUUCGUUUGCCAAUGCAAUCAAGAAACUGGGGCUCAGCUGUCCGGUCUUUUUGACACAGAACGACGGCACUAUUCUUUCUGCAGCAGAGGCUUUGAGCCUGCCAAUCCGGACUUUUUCCUCUGGAGCCACGAACUCCAUGCGAGGAGCGUCUUUUCUGGCAAAAACCCACGGAAAGAGUGCCAUUGUGCUCGACGUCGGCGGCACAACAACCGAUGUGGGGCUGUUGCUGUCUACUGGGUUUCCAAGACAGUCCUCUUCCUACUCGAUUGUCGGUGGUGUCAAAAUGAACUUUUCCAUGCCUCACGUUGAGAGCAUUGGACUUGGCGGUGGCUCAUUAGUCAGAGGUGCCGGUGACGCUUUAACAAUUGGCCCAGACUCUACCGGUUCGGAGAUUGUUAAGCGUGCGCUGGUUUUUGGUGGGUCAGACGUUACUGCCACCGACUGUGCCGUUGCAGCAGAGCUGUUGCAGGGUGGCAGUCUAGAGAUCGGAACAGUUUCUCAUGUCAAAGACAAGUUCAGUCCUGAGUAUCUUGCUGCGUUCCAGAAGCGGGCCAAAGUAAUGGUUGAGAAGGCAAUUGACCGCAUGAAGACCAGCCCGGACGACAUCACUGUUCUUGCUGUCGGCGGUGGCUCGUUUAUUGUGCCAGAGCAUUUGGACGGUGCGUCCGCCGUUAUUAGGCCGCCAUUCUACAGCGUCGCCAAUGCCAUUGGGGCUGCCAUGGGCAAGGUGUCGGUGGAGAUUAGUGAGAUUAAAUUGCUGGCUCCAGGAACCACAUCGAAGGAGGAAGUGCUGGAAAAGCUCAGAAAAAAAGCCAUAGAAAAAAUCCUAGCCAAAGGUGGUCUUGAGGACACCAUCGAGACCGUUUUUGUGUCUACCGAUGCUAUCCCGUACGUGCCCAACACGUUUGAGUUUGUGAUCAAAAUCGUCGCGGACGUGGACUAUUCUAAAGCUCCAAAAUUGGAGGUGGACGAAGGACAGUUUGAGUCCGGUACCCGCGAUAUUGUCAAAAAGUCACUGUAUGAGGAAACAAACACUGCUGUUGAGGAGGAAAUUGACUACACGACCUACAGGCCUACCAUUAACAAAGACAGACAGUGGGUGUUGUCCGAAGUGGACCUAGACUUUUUGGCUAUCGGUGCCUACAUCCUGGGCUGUGGCGGCGGCGGAAACCCGUACUCGUAUAUGCUCGAGGUGAGAAAUUACUUGCGCCAGGGUGACACUGUCACUGUGGUGGAUCUUGAGGACGCUCACCGGUACAUCAAAGGAGAGGGAAGCAUUGUGGGUGUGUGCUACGCGGGCUCGCCAACGGUUUCGCAUGAGCAAAUGCUGGGCGAGGCUUUAAUGGAGUCGUAUGACAUAAUGGCCAAGUACAUCAACAGGAAGCCGGAGCUGCUGUUUCCUAUUGAGAUUGGCGGCGGGAACGGACUGUGCACGUUCCAGAUUUCUGCUUCGUCGCGACUAAAUCUGCCGGUUGUCGACUGCGACACAAUGGGUAGGGCGUACCCCACGCACUGGCAAACGACACCGGUCGUUUGUACCCCUGAAGGCGAGUGUUUCUAUGCGCCAAUGGUAUUUGCAAACGGGAACGGCAACUCGGUGAUCAUGGCAAGCUCGAAAUCGGACCUUCUGCUGGAGAAAACCAUGCGUGCGUCGUUGGCUGAGCUUGGGUCUAAAGUGGGGGUGGUGAACCCGCCAAUGAGUUUGAAAGAUGUGGAAGAGAAGAACAUUCAUGGCUCGAUCUCGCUGGCGUGGAGAAUCGGCCGUGCCGUAAAGAUUGCACGCCAAAAAGCCGAGAUCGACAAGCUGCCUCAGCGGAUCCUCGAGUCGGUCAACAACACGGGAAAGCUGCUAUUUUCGGGCAAGAUUGUCGACGUGGAGCGGAAACUUUUCAAAGGCCAUGCGUGGGGGGAAGUCGUUAUCGAAGAGGUUGACGGUGCGAGACGCAAGAUGACCAUUCCGUUCAAAAACGAAAACAUCUACUGCAAGACCACCGACGCAGACGGUACUAAUGAGGAGAUCGUGUGUUCCGUGCCAGACCUUAUUGCCGUCGUCGACGCUGCUACCGGCGAGGCUGUCGGCACCAGUGACUAUCGCUACGGACUGCUCGUUUUCGUUCUUGGGAUUGCCCCUAGCAACAAAUGGACCGACACAGAACGAGGUGUCCGCAUUGGCGGGCCAGCAGGCUUUGAUUUGGACUUUGAGUACAAGCCGAUCUCGACAUACAGCAAACCUAUGUCGGUUAUUCAGGAAUAUGCCUAUUAG